ACGAGGUAUACCGAGUUACAUGUGUUCGCGGAAGGUGUGAGCUGAAAAUCCUCCUCAAUGCAGGUAGGGGAGUGUUGGAUUGAUACAGAAAUCGACGUAGUGUUGUACAAAACAUUUAAACUUAAUAGUGUGGGCUCUUCCCAUGAGUGAGGCCAGGCUCAUCGAGAUAUGUUAAAUCUGUGGGCAGCGCGCGAUUCCAAAGCAUUAUUGAUUAGUCUUGAUUUAAACGAACGCACGUAACGGAUCACUCAAGGUUUCUUGUAAACCAGACGUAACCUUGAGAGGCCUUGUGCAUUGAAGUAGCGGUUUCAAAUUGUGUCAAUAAACCAAGAUACUCCAUUUACUGGCGAUACUGUUAAGGAGAUCAACACUGAACGCAUCGAUAGCUGAUAUACAUCUGGCAUAUGUGUGUUAAGGCUGUCAUCUCCUCGAGCUAAACCACACAUGCUGCACAAACUAGUCUUUUUUUUCAACCAACCAACAAAGAUACUGGAAGAAACACAUGAAUAAAUAUACAUGAACAAAGUGCACACAAAGGGCGAACAGAGACCGAGAGUCAAUUUCGAAGCUUGCUUGGCAACUUAUUUCAGUAUUAAGAUGUCAGUUUCUAAUUUUCAGCAAAUGAAAUGCUUUAAAAGUAAGACAGUAAUGCCCUGUUUUAUUGGCAUCUUUUUUGUCUGCAAAACUAUUGAGGAAUCCUGAUCGCAGUGAAAACAAACAUAAGCUUGCUUGGCAACUCAUUUCAGUAUUAAGAUGUCAAUUUUCAAUUUCCAAUUUUCAGCAAAUGAAAUGCUUUAAAAGUAAGACAGUAAUGCCCUGUUUUAUUGGCCACCUUUUUAUGUCUGUAAAACAAUUGGGGAAUCCUGAUUGCAGUGAAAACAAACAUAAUUCUUGACCCUGAGCCCCUAUGUCUGUGUUCUGGUACUUUAAACCUGAUAAUUCUUGUAUUUCUGCAGAAGCGCAUCAAGUUACCAGUGACUGCACUGAAUGAGCACAUCAUCUGCAAAUUAUGCAAUGGAUAUCUCAUUGAUGCAGCAACUAUCACAGAAUGUUUGCACACUUGUAAGUAGAUUGUACUAGUCUGAUAUAUAUAUAUAUAUAUAUAUAUAUAUAUAUAUAUAUAUAUAUAUAUAUAUAUAUAUAUAUAUAUAUAUAUAUAUAUUAUAUAUAUAUAUAUAUAUAUAUAUAUAUAUAUAUAUAUACAUAUACAUAUAUAUAUAUAUAUAUAUAUAUAUAUAUAUAUAUAUUAUGACUGUAUACCUUUAUGUAAUCUUACCAAUGUAUAACUAUUAAGUAUAUUAAUUUUGUAAUCUUAGUGAGGUCCAAAGAUAUGAAAAUUAACUCCUUUUCUAGCUUCCACUGUAGAAAUUUCCUCAUAACUUGAUUUGGAGAAUUAAUUUCACAUUUAGAUGCAAAUCAUUCUUCUCAAGUUUCUCUAUCCUCAUCAGAUUUUUCUUAAUAUGAUGUAUUGAUAUUGUUAGGAGAAGUUAGUAAGUAAUUUCUCCAAGGAGUUGAAAGGUGAAUUUACCAUCAGCAUUUGGCAAAGCUUUUUUUAAAGCCACAGCGUACUGUGGCUUUACGCUAUAUUGUGUUUUUAAAAACUUGUGAGGAUGAGAAAUUAUUUUCAUUACGUUUACAUGAUCUUGGUGCUAAAGGUUCAAUAUAAGCAGGAUUUGGGAGUCUUGAUGCAUAAGCAGUGGAAGCAUAUCAGUAAAGUAAAGGAUUGUUCACUUUAGUUUAAAAUCCUGGCAACCAAAUUUGCCAGCUUUGGCUUCUAUGCCCUGAAAAAAUUGGACUUCUCUCAUCAAUGAAAGUUUUUUUUUUUCCAUAAAAUUUAGUUUGCAAGAGCUGCUUGGUAAGACAUAUUGAACUUGUGAAUCGAUGUCCAACAUGUAACAAUCAAAUUCAUGAAUCACAGCCACUCUACAACAUCAGGUACAACCAGAUAAUCUUUGAUAUGCUGAUAUAGUUAAAUUUCAAACAAAAUGCGAAAAAGCAUUUUAUAUGAAAGUCAUAUAAAGGAUUAACAGAUUAUUAACUCACUCAGUAGUGUCACUUUGAAAAAAAGAUUUUUUUUUUCUUAAAUUGUCAGAGUAUGCUUAGUGUACUUCAGAAUCCAUACAAUAUAUGUGUGUAAUAUCAUAAGUAUGUUGUGUGUGAUGUGGUCAUCUUCUAUGACCUGAUAUACAACACAUGUAAAACCUACAUUAGUCUUUCAUGUAUACCAAACAAGGAUUAUAAAGAAAAAAGGAAAGCUGACCUCUUAAACUUUUUAGUUGUUCAGGGAGCUGGUUUCCUGUAUGCAUUUAAUUUGAAUUGUUGUAAAUAUUUUAAAAUAUUUUAUGGAUGCAACAAAGUGUGUUUUUGUUGUCAGUUAUUAAGGUUAUUGACUAUUUACUUGAGGAUUUUGAUUCACCCAACAUUUCCUUCAUCUGUAAAGUUUUAUGUUUAGCUGUUAGUUAUAAUUUGGGUGUUGAUAAAAUUAAGCCAAGGGAUAAUAAAUAUUUUUCUCCAAUGAUAGGCUUGACAGAACCAUGCAAGACAUUGUUUACAAACUUCUUCCAAAAGUAGAGAAGGGUGCGUAUACAAAAUUGCACAAUUAGAUGUAACUAUUGUAAUAUUCUAUGGAUUUUUUAAUAUCCUCUAAGUUGUUGAGUGCAAUUUUUGUUACAGAGGAAAAACGCAGAGAGCGAAAGUUUUACAAAGACAGAGGAAUGCCUUAUCCAGACCCUAAAGGUAAAGAAUUGUGCUUUUAAUCAAACGAAUAAUGAUACAUGUACAUGCACAUAAACUUUUUAAUGCUCAUGUUCCAUCAUUUGUUGUCCCAGAUAUUUUUUUUGCAACAUUAAGUGCUCUUUACCUGUAACAAAAUCUUUUAAGAGAAUCUCUAGUAACUUCAUAUACCUGGUGAUUAUUUAAGAAAGAGGUCAGCCUGGAAACAGUAAUGAGGUGGGCUCAAACAUGAAGUAACAUGUAUAGGAGAUUGUCUCUCUUGUUAUUGUGUUGUUUUAGUUCUAGGUAGCCAAACACCUACAAGUGCAGGCUCAAGGCCAUUAAAAGCAACAAAGAAAGAUAAGGGAGCAGCAUCUAAAACAAGUAAAACUACAAAAGUCAAAAGUUAUCACAGAACAGAUGAGCAAAUCUCCCUUCAACUUGAGACAUACCGGUCAGUUGAAUUGAAGGCAGUUAAUUUCUUUGAUAAAAGAAAAAAUAUUUCAUUCUUUUGUUUACUGAAGAGGCUUGACAAAGGGAAGGGAAAGAUGAAAAGGUUCUGUGAAUGCUCUGCCAAGCCUGUCCCUAUCUUCUCAAACCUAUCUCCACCACUAAACCAAAACUAAACAAUUUUAAUAGUGAUGCUACACUAGUAAUUACUGAGAGUUACAAGAAAGUGGAGUGCUGCCAAGUGGUUAAUUUGGAAUGAGGGAAGUGGGCUGAGUUAAAUACUUAAAGGUGUAGUUGAGGGAGUGUGUAGAAGUGAACAUCUUUUUGCUGUAUUGCUAACAUCAUUUAUAUUACUGACAGUCUUCAAAAAUUGUAUUCUUACCUGAAAUUAUAAUUUUAAAGUGCCACUUACCUCCCAAAUUAUUUUUCAAUAAUAUAAAUUUCCUUGUUUCUGUAGCUCACAGUAUAUUGAGGUAGGAUAUCAGAAUUCUGAACACUGUGUCAAACACACAGGUCAUGACGAGGAAGAAUAUUUACUGUCGACCAAGGGAUUUUUGUUGGAUAUUUAAAACACCAAAGCAAUGUUUACUGGUUGGCUGACAUAGAAUUAAUUAUGUUAAUAUCAUUACUUAGGAGGGUUAGCUUUUAUUUGAAUGCUAAUAUGACAUGUAACUUGUGUUAGGGAUGGAAGCAUGUGUAGCUCAACAGAAAUAGAGGUGAGAAUACUUUGAAUGAUUGAUUCAUUUCAUCUACAGCACAAAUGCAUAACGUUAUUUCUCUCCUUUCCUUUUCUAUGCCUAGCUUCCUCUUCUUAGUUUGAAUCUGAAAAUGAAUAUUUAUAGAGUAUACAGUUGUAUUUACUUUUUCUACUUGUUUAUCAUGUUUGAUAAUUGCUGGUACUCAUACUCUCUACUUUUUAGCCUCUACCAAAGAAAUUUAUCAGGUUGUCAACACACGUCACCAUUGGAUUGCUUCAGAAGUUCUUGGCUUGGAAACUACACUUGGACUCUGAAAACAUGGUGAAAAGAGUUCUGUAUUAAGACAUCAGAAUUUUAUUUGUUGCUAAACUGCUGGUAUUUACUACUAGUACAGAUAACAAUAAAAACAAAACAGACUAUUAUUUUACUUGUAGUUGAAAUGGUACCAUGUAUUUCUGACAGGAAUCAAUGCAACUUUGUAAUUUUGUCCUUUCAGGUAGGCAUCCUCUAUGAUAAAACAGAAAUGGGAAGAGAUCUUACACUGAAGUACAUCAAUGAUAAUCUCUGUCCUCCAAAGGUAAUUGCAGGUCUGAUUUUCUAAUAUCACCUAAAUAACAUAGCGGGUCAAACAGCCAUGCAUAGGUACAUGUACCUGAUGAUACCAUCCACUUUACUGCAGUAAUAAAGAGGGCCUGCUAAGGUACUUAUAAGGCAUUACCCCUUAGUACCCAUUCUUUUUCUGUCUUGGUUGUUGUGGAACUAAAAUGUUACAUGUCAUGUCCUUAUAUUUGCUAAUCCUGCUACUAGUUCUUAAGUUUCUAAUAGAAUUUUCCUGUUUUAGGAACACUCUGCACCCUUGAUUCUACAUUACAGAGCUAUGGAUGUAAGCUUUACAAGAUGACCGGUGUUGUAUGGUCAACUCAAAAUUGAUUGUUGUCUAAUGUUUUAGUAACGUUUUAGUAAUACAUGUUUUGUAAAGCUUAAUAACACUCCAGAGGAGUGACGAUGUUCAUACUUCAUGAAGUUUGAAAAAGUUUAAAAAGUCCAACGUGCUAGCGUUUUAUAAUAGCUUAUGUUUCGCCAUAUCGAUUACGGUUCAGUGUAUUUAGUAUUUAUUCGUGAUGAGUUCAGUCAACUUCAUAGAAAAACAAAUGAGGAAGAAACUCAGUAGGACUAUUGUAGUUGCAUUUAUAUUGAAUUUAUGGAAAAACUCUUAUUAAAAGAAAAUUUGUCUUUUA